UGUUUGGCGGAGCAGCAAACGGCCGAACUGGAACCCGGAGGUUUAAAACAUGAAUCCCAGUCUGGAGAUUUCGAGGCGGAACCCGCAGGAGGACUUCGAGCUGAUCCAGAGGAUCGGCAGCGGAACAUACGGAGAAGUUUACAAGGCAAGGAACGUCACCAGUGGGGAACUGGCAGCCAUCAAGGUCAUCAAGCUGGAGCCUGGGGAGGACUUUGCGGUGGUGCAGCAGGAGAUCCUCAUGAUGAAGGACUGUAAACAUCCCAACAUCAUCGCCUACUUCAACAGCUAUCUGAGGAGGGAUAAGUUAUGGAUCUGUAUGGAAUACUGCAGAGGAGGCUCUCUCCAAGACAUCUACCACGUGACCGGUCCUCUCACAGAGUCCCAGAUAGCCUACAUGUCUCGGGAGACACUCCAGGGCCUGUAUUACCUUCACAACAGAGGCAAAAUGCACAGAGACAUCAAGGGAGCCAACAUUCUGCUGACCAGUUCUGGAUACGUCAAGCUGGCGGACUUCGGUGUGUCGGCUCAGAUCAGCAUGACCAUUGCCAAGAGGAAGUCCUUCAUCGGCACACCCUACUGGAUGGCUCCAGAGGUGGCGGCGGUGGAGAGGAAGGGAGGUUACAACUUCCUGUGUGACAUCUGGGCCGUGGGGAUCACAGCGAUCGAGCUCGCCGAACUCCAACCACCCAUGUUCCACCUGCACCCCAUGAGGGCUCUGCUGCUGAUGACCAAAAGUAACUUUCAGCCCCCCAAGUUGAAAGACAAGAUGAAGUGGACCAAUAUUUUCCACCAUUUUGUGAAGAUGGCGUUAACCAAGAACCCAAAAAAGAGGCCUUCCGCUGACAAGUUACUACAGCAUCCGUUUGUUUCUCAACCCCUGAGUCGAAUGCUGGCCAUCGAGCUCCUGGACAGAGCCAGCAACCCGGAGCAGACCUCCUACCAGGACCACCUGGACGAUGAGGAGACCGAGCCAGAGACUUGUGUUUCUGUUCCUCACCGGAUUCCUUCAGGAAACAGCAGGCAGGGAAAGACACUCUCUGAGAUCAACUUCGACCAGGUUAAAUUUGACCCUCCACUAAGGAAGGAGACAGAAGCCCAUCAUGAGAUGCCCAGCUCGGACCAUUUCCUGGACUGUGUGGAGGAAAUCUACUACACAGCAAGAUCUAACCUGGAUCUGCAGAUGGACUACGAGGAAGCACUUCCAGAAGCGUCUAUCCUGGGAGGCAGAAGGAGCCUUUUGAAGUCUGUGGAAGAGGAGCUAAACCAGAGGGGUCAUGAAACUCAUCUAGAGGACAGUAACCACGCAGAGCCUGAGGAAGAAGAGAAUGAUGCUGAAGAUGACACAAGGAUGGACGAAGAUAUAGGGACUGAGGAUAACCAAUCAGGUUUCAGGGAUGCUGUUGCUCACCAUGAUAAUGAAAAUGAUGAAAUGAUUCAUCUGAAGGACUCGACCAUGCGACCCGAAGUACCUCCUCCCUCGUCUCCCACCAGGGAUGGUGUCGCUGUCAUCCAUCACCAUGACGACCAGGACGAGGGAAUCGUUAAGUCCUGUCUGAGGUCAGGGCGCGCCGCCACUCAGGGACCGCCCAGGCCACCGCCCCCAAAAAUGGCCCCCUGCAAACUCAGCAGCCUUGGAGAUGCUGGCUCCUCCUCUGAAGGCAGCAAUGUGGAGCAGCAGUCUGCGUCGCCCCCUGAUGGUGCUGCCAGGAGAGACCACACAGACGUCCCGAAACCAAUCAGUAAUGGACUCCCCCCCACUCCUAAAGUCCAUAUGGGCGCCUGUUUCUCCAAGGUCUUUAAUGGCUGUCCUCUGAAGAUCCACUGCGCCGCCUCCUGGAUCAACCCCGACACUCGAGACCAGUACCUGAUCUUCGGAGCAGAGGAGGGAAUUUACACCUUAAAUCUCAAUGAACUGCAUGAGAGCUGCAUGGAGCAGCUGUUUCCUCGGAGGUGUACCUGGGUCUACGUGAUGAACAACAGCCUCAUCUCCAUAUCUGGGAAAGCCUCCCAGCUCUACUGCCAUAACCUGGCUGGUCUGUUUGAGUGCGCACGGCAGAGACAGAAGCUGCCAGUUUCCAUCGCGACCCACCGGCUUCCUGACAGAAUCCUCCCCCGGAAGUUUUCCAUCUCCAGUAAGAUUCCUGACACAAAAGGCUGCAAUAGGUGCUCUGUAGUGAGAAAUCCCUAUACAGGUCAUAAGUACCUGGGUGGAGCCUUCCAGUGGGGUGUGGUUCUGUUGGAGUGGGUGGAGCCGAUGCAGAAGUUCAUGCUCAUCAAGAACAUGGACCUCCAGACGCCAUGCCCGCUGGAGGUGUUUGAGCUGCUGGUGGUUCCUGAACAGCCCUACCCACUGAUCUGCACCGGCCUCGCCAGAGGGUCUGAACCCAACCAGGUCAUCAGCUUUCAGACGCUGGACCCCAACUCCUCCUGCCCUGGCCUUCCAGAGUCCGAGAGCCCUCAGACUUGCGUCAUCCAUGUGACCCAGCUGGAGAGGGACACCGUCCUGGUCUGUCUUGACCGCUGCAUUAAGAUCGUUAACCUGCAGGGGAGGCUCAAGUCCAGCAGGAAGCUGUCGGCCCAGCUCACCUUCAACUUCCAGAUCGAGUCCGUCGUCUGUUUGCAGGACAGUGUCCUGGCCUUCUGGAGGCACGGCAUGCAGGGGCGGAGCUUCAGGUCUAACGAGGUCACACAGGAGAUCAGCGACAGCAGCCGGAACUUCCGUCUGCUGGGAUCAGACCGGGUGGUGGUGCUAGAGAGCCGGCCCACAGAAAAGCCCGGGGAGCACAGUAACCUCUACAUCCUGGCCGGACACGAGAACAGCUACUGAGGCUCAUCCUCCCCUCGUCAUCGCUCACGCUACUGCUACCACGCUCCACCCGUCCUGGACGGCUCCCGUCACCUCUGGUUCCUCACACGUUCCUCACACGUUCCCAUGGAACCAGAACCAGAGCACAGCGGGGAGCCUUCUGUGCUGGAGCAGGUGGGGCGUCUGCUCGGCUGGACUAAGUGGGAGCGGUGGUUGGAGGAAAGCUCUUUGCAGCUUUUCUCCAGAUGGAGACGUCUUAGGGUUUGUGUCCAGGAGUGUCCCGCAUGGAGGCGUUCUUCACCGCUCCUGGAGGAGACUGUCGCCAUGCAGCGUUUCCCGCCUCCCAGCAGCUGGAGAGACUCUGCUUUAACAUUCCUACGCCUCCCAUUCAGAUGUGGGUGGAGCUGUAAUAGUUGAUUUUCUGUUAGGGAGAUUUUGUGUAGAUGUUUGUCUCCAUAUCACCGUGCAUCCGUUGUACAGUUGUGUCUAACUUGACCAGUUUAGACUAGCUGGUCUGUCUGUCCCCAGCUUCAGGUAAAAGGUGGAGAGUUGUGUAGUGCUGAGCUCUGCUACAGCAGGUGUCUCUGCUUGUGGACUUUAAACUGGUUUUUAACAAACAACUUUGCUUUUAAGAAUCUCCAGCGGAGGCUGGAGCCCAGGGUGUCCUGUAAAAACUGAUGAAGAUGAUGGACAGAGAGCCACCAGUGGUGCCCACAUUUCUCGGGGGUCGAAGGGCGUCGAGGCUGCACAGGGACCGCAGUUCUUCUCAGUUGCCUUUACUUCUUCAUGUACACACAUGGUUUUAUUGUGUUUGAUUAAUUUUAAUCCUCACCCAGACCGCAUCUGGAUGUGGGCCACUUCAGGCAGUGAUGCGGCACUGAUGGUCUUCUUCUGGCCCUGACAAACUGGAUGUGAGCCUGAAGUGGCCCACAUGUAUAAUAGCAAAUAUGGCCCAAAUAUGCCAAAUCAAAUGUGGGCCUUUUCUGGCAAAGAUGUGGUGCUCUGGGCAACAUGUGAUCUGGAUGUGACCCUUCAGCGCCCCGUGUGGUAAAUGGUGAAUAUUACAAAACAAAUAUGGCCACCUUUGACAAAUAUGUGGCAUGUGCGGCAUUGCUAUGGCUUGGUUCUGGCCCAGAUCUGGCAAACAGGAGUGGCCCGCCCAAGUGCCAUCAUUCCACACGGUAUGUGGGCCGGAUGACGUGUCGGUGUGGGGCGGGUCCGGGCCACAGCAGCUUUGCUAUCUGGGCAGACAAGCACCGGUUGUGCUCUGUGACUGAUUGCAUCUGCUGCAGCAUCCUGAGCACAAGCACAAACUGAUCUGCAGAGAACUGUUUUCAUUUGAGAUGUGAUUUCUAAAAUGUUCCCUACGCUGGCGGGAAGGUUUCAGCUGCGUGCCGGACCCACUGUGCUAGCGUGUGCUAGCAUGUGCUAGCAUGUAAAUUCUUCUUUACCUGUGUACCUGUCUCUAUGUCUUAACAUUUACCUGCCAAGAUUUCACAGAAGAGUGACUGCUGGGCUAGGCUGCAGCAUCCCCGGGGGCCCGCCACCCUGAGAGCAGGGUAAGUGGCUUGGAUAAUGGGUGGAGGGACUUCUGGCCUACUUUGAGGAAAUGUGAUUGUGUUUUUUGCCAGACAUUGCUCUGGUGCGUUAUGUGUUGUUAAUAUUGUUUGUUAUGAACCUGUUAAGUGACGGUUUGGGAGGUUUAUGUGCUGACAAGUGUUGUUCUUGACACUCUAUUUAUGGUUCAUUUAAAGACCACGUCUGAUCCAUUGAUGUCCAAACCCUGCAACCUUCAGAAGGGUUUAUUUGUAUGGUUGGUGUCUGGUGCGUUUUUUGACGUGAGUACGAGCUCACCUUGAUAAACUGUACGUCCUACUAAUAGCCCACCUAAUUCAGGGCUCAUAUGAAACUAUAAACAGCUA